CAUUAAAUAAACCAAGGCGGGAAAGGAAUUGCCAAUUCGGUCGUGGAGAAAACUUAAAAGGGGAACCCUCUUUGUCGUCGCCUUCUGGUUCUUCGUUGCGAAGCUACCUAUCAUCCUAUCCCAAUGGGUAUAAAGGGUUUAACAAAGCUGCUCGCAGACAAUGCUCCCAAGUGCAUGAAAGAGCAGAAAUUCGAGAGCUAUUUCGGUCGUAAAAUUGCCAUUGAUGCUAGCAUGAGCAUCUACCAGUUUCUCAUUGUGGUGGGGCGGAUCGGGACUGAGACGCUAACGAAUGAGGCUGGCGAAGUAACGAGUCACUUGCAAGGAAUGUUCACUCGCACAAUUAGACUUCUUGAAGCUGGAAUGAAACCGGUGUAUGUUUUUGAUGGAAAGCCACCAGAUAUGAAGAAGCAAGAACUAGCAAAGCGGUUCUCCAAAAGAACGGAUGCUACUGAGGACUUGGCGGCAGCGAUAGAGGCGGGAGAUAAGGAAGACAUAGAGAAGUUUAGUAAAAGGACGGUUAAGGUGACAAAGCAGCACAACGAGGACUGCAAGAAACUUCUGAGACUCAUGGGAGUCCCUGUGAUUGAGGCUCCAUCUGAAGCAGAGGCAGAGUGUGCUGCACUUUGCAAAAAGGGGAAGGCAAGCUUAUACGUCUAUGCCGUGGCUUCUGAAGAUAUGGAUUCUCUAACUUUUGGGGCUCCUAGGUUUCUUCGCCAUUUGAUGGAUCCUAGCUCAAGGAAAGUCCCUGUGAUGGAAUUUGAAGUUUCAAAGAUUUUGCAGGAGCUGAAUCUCACUAUGGAUCAAUUCAUUGAUUUGUGCAUUCUUUCUGGGUGUGAUUAUUGUGACAGUAUUCGAGGUAUUGGGGGACAGACUGCUUUGAAGCUCAUCCGCCAAUUUGGUACCAUAGAAAAUAUAUUGGAGAACAUAAACAAAGAGAGGUACCAAAUUCCUGAGGACUGGCCUUAUCAAGAAGCCAGACAUCUUUUUAAGGAACCUGUGGUCUCUGCAGAUCAUGAGCAAUUGGAGAUUAAAUGGACUUCUCCGGAUGAGGAGGGACUCAUAACUUUCCUGGUCAAUGAAAAUGGCUUCAACCAUGACCGUAUAACCAAGGCAAUAGAAAAGAUAAAAGUUGCUAAGAACAAGUCAUCCCAAGGACGAUUAGAAUCCUUCUUUAAGCCAGUGGUGAACAGCUCACUACCCAUUAAACGGAAGGAAAUCAAGUGCAUGAUAGGAUCUCCUAGACUAAUACUCAGGCCUAUGAUGUUCUCUCUGCAUGCCUCUUUCUGCUCAAGCCCAAAGGCUGUUGGGAGCAGAUACCCUGUGCCUUUGCAUCUAGGUUCCAAGCACUUGGGGCUGUUCUCCAGAGCUGUCUGCUUUAGCACAUGAAUCUGAAAACCGUGGAAACAUUAGAGAAGUCCUCAAGAGAAACUGUCAACAAGAAGCCAAAGGCCAAUGGUGGAAAGAAGAAGUAGUUUUAUGG